UUUUGUUUUUUGUUUUUUUCCCCUAAAGUUUCAUUACCUAGUUUCAUGGUUUGUAGUAACAAAAAUCACCUGCCUCAUGUACCACCCACUCCUCUCCCCUUGCCCUCUGUCCCUAGGCAACCCAGAAACAAUUGGGAAAGCAGAAGUUAAUGCAGCUUAUGAAACCUGUCCCUCUUCUCUCCAGCCCCCUGUCUCCCCACACCUCACCUCCCCCCAAAUUAUGGUAGCUGCAUGAUUCAGAGAGACUCCCAGCUAGACCUACCCUGUAGGUUGGAGCAGGGACCAAGCCUUGCCUUCGUGCUCCAGACAAAUGGGCUGGAUCCAGUCUUUAGGCUGAGAGCUAGGGAUCCAACAACCUUUCUCUUAAGGGGUAGACCGGAGUAAAAGAAGCUAGCAAAAGAGACAGAAGAAAAAAAAAAGACAGAUCAGGAAAUUGGAAGGAAGGAUGGGAUGGCAAGUGUCAUCUUACACUGAUCAGUGGGUGAAGAGUUAAAUGGUUGAAAGCUGAGAAGUACAGGUUGCGUCUGAAAGUUGGGACAUUGGUCCCCAGAACCAGAACUGUUUGUGUGCCCUACCUGGUGAAGGCAGAAUCUGGGUUGCAGGCAUCCAGACAGGGAAGUGAGGAAGAAGAGGCAGCAAGGGUUAGAUUAUUCUUUCUAGAACUUGACUGGGACCGGGUGAGGGAGGGGAUGAGGAGAGAGUGCAUUCAUAGAAACAGUGCACACAGAACAUGCAUUUGCCUAGCGAGAGCACAAGAGAGUUGAUGAUGGUUGCUUAAGGGGAAGGCAAGGUCAAGAGGGAAAGUUCUUUUGAAUGUCAGAAAUUUGAUCAUGUUUAUAGCCUGAGGAAUGGGAGCUGAUGGUGAAAGAGAUUAAAUGCCUGUCAGAGUAGAUGAUUAAUGGUCCUACCCUUGCGAAGCACAGACUGGGUGGGAACUUCCUCACAGUCAGGACAGAGGUGAGGGGGAGCCGAGGACCAUGUGAGUAGUCGUCCUUCGCCCUUCAGACUUACUGGCUGGAGGGAGAAGCCGGACCAGAACUCAGAGAUCACAGCCAAACACUAACGAUUGACCGGGGAGGAGCUGCUAAGUCGCACAUCUCUUGAGACCCAGAAGCUUGAUCUGAUGACUGAAGUUUCUGAGCUGAAACUCAAGCUGGUUGGCAUGGAGAAGGAGCAGAGAGAGCAGGAGGAGAAGCAGAGAAAAGCAGAGGAGUUACUGCAAGAGCUCAGGCACCUCAAAAUCAAGGUAGAAGAGUUGGAGAAUGAACGGAAUCAGUAUGAGUGGAAGCUGAAGGCCACUAAGGCUGAGGUAGCCCAGCUGCAAGAGCAGGUGGCCCUGAAGGAUGCAGAAAUUGAGCGCCUGCACAGCCAGCUCUCCCGGACUGCAGCCCUGCACAGCGACCACACAGAAAAAGACCAAGAAAUUCAGCGUCUGAAAAUGGGGAUGGAAACUUUGCUUGUUGCCAAUGAAGAUAAGGACCGUCGGAUAGAGGAGCUCACAGGGCUGUUAAACCAGUAUCGGAGGGUGAAGGAGAUCGUGAUGGCAACUCAAGGGCCUGCAGACAGAACUCUCUCAAUCAAUGAAGAAGAACUCGAGGGAAGUUUCCGAAAGUGGAACAGUGCAAACAAAGGCCCUGACGAAUUACUUAAGCCAGAGAUGCCUCCAAGAUGUAGCUCUCCCACCGCGGGGCCACCUCCACUCCCGCAGAAAUCACUGGAAACCAGGGCUCAGAAAAAGCUCUCGUGUAGUCUAGAAGACCUGAGAAGUGAACCUGUGGACAAGUGUGUCGAUGGGAACCAGCUCUCCCCAGUGAUAGAACCCAAGGACGGCCCUUUCCUGGCAGAGCACAAAUACCCCACAUUACCUGGGAAGCUUUCGGGAGCUACGCCCAAUGGAGAGGCUGCCAAGUCAACUCCCAUGGCCUCACAGCCCGACCCCACAGGGGGCAGCCUGCUCAGGCUGAAUCGUGGCCGGAGUGUCAGUGCCCCCGUAUUAGGAGACACAGAAAGUGGUUGGGACGACACUGCUGUGGCCAAUGACCUCUCAUCCACAUCAUCGGGCACUGACUCAAGCCCCCAGUCUCCCCUGACGCCAGAUGGUAAACGGAGCCCCAAAGGCAUCAGGAAAUUCUGGGGAAAAAUCCGAAGAACUCAGUCAGGAAAUUUCAACACUGAUGCUCCGGGGAUGGCAGAGUUUCGACGCGGUGGGCUCCGGGCAACCGCAGGGCCAAGGCUUUCUAGGACCAGAGACUCCAAGGGUCAGAAAAGUGACGCCGGUGCCCCCUUUGCCCAGUGGAGCACAGAGCGUGUGUGUGCGUGGCUGGAGGACUUCGGCCUGGGUCAGUACGUGAUCUUUGCCAGGCAGUGGGUGACUUCUGGCCACACUUUACUGUCAGCUACCCCUCAGGACAUGGAAAAGGAGUUAGGAAUUAAGCAACCUCUGCACCGGAAGAAGCUGGUUUUAGCAGUGAAAGCCAUCAACACCAAGCAGGAGGAGAAGUCCGCACUGCUCGACCACAUCUGGGUGACACGCUGGCUUGAUGAUAUUGGCUUACCCCAAUACAAAGAUCAAUUUCAUGAAUCCAGAGUUGAUGGGCGAAUGCUACAAUAUCUGACUGUGAAUGAUCUCCUCUUCUUAAAAGUCACGAGCCAACUACAUCAUCUCAGCAUCAAGUGUGCCAUUCAUGUGCUACACGUCAACAAGUUCAACCCCCACUGCCUACACCGGCGGCCAGCUGAUGAGAGUAACCUUUCUCCUUCAGAAGUUGUACAGUGGUCUAACCACAGGGUGAUGGAGUGGUUGCGAUCUGUGGACCUGGCAGAGUACGCGCCCAAUCUUCGUGGGAGUGGUGUCCAUGGAGGCCUCAUUAUCCUGGAGCCCCGCUUCACUGGGGACACCCUGGCUAUGCUUCUCAAUAUUCCACCGCAGAAGACGCUCCUCAGACGUCACCUAACCACCAAAUUCAAUGCCCUGAUUGGUCCUGAGGCUGAACAGGAAAAGCGAGAGAAAAUGGCCUCCCCGGCUUACACACCACUGACCACCACAGCCAAAGUCCGGCCAAGGAAACUGGGAUUUUCACAUUUUGGAAACAUAAGAAAAAAGAAAUUCGAUGAAUCGACAGACUACAUUUGCCCAAUGGAGCCCAGCGACAGUGCUGGUGACAGUCACAGGGUCUACAGUGGCUACCGGGGCCUCAGCCCCCUCGAUGCCCCUGAACUGGAUGGGCUGGACCAGAUGGCGCCUUCGGAAGGCACUGUGACGCAGAUAGGGCUCCUCUCCCAAGACAUUCACCGUCUCACGACUAUGCUGAGCCAGGACCAGCUGCUGAACGACUCUCGCCUGGCGGCUCCCAACCCUGAGGACUGGAGAUGACUUUCUUCAUGGCCAAGAGGCCAGAGAGGCACGUGUGGGGGCCCCAAGUCUCUGCUUCAAGGGGGGCUGGCACAGCCACCUGCAGAGUCCAGACGGGCUGGCAGGACAUCUUGGAACGAGGGUACUGACAGGAGCGAGCAGAGUGGUGAACAGAUGUCAGGGGGUGGGCCCAGGGGGCCCCGUGUUUUCAACUGUACUGUGCUCUUCACCACAGCUUUUAUACCUUUUGUACUUUUAUACGUGGACGGCACCCCACUUCUGUGGGGAGGGCAGUGAGACAUCAGCACAGACUCGAUUCAAUGGCUCACGCUCUUCCCUGAGACAGUUGGGAGGUUCUUACACCAAAGGGAAAGGGCAAUGAGUUCAUAAAAGCUCUGCUGUAAGAAAAUCCUGAAAACAA